UAAUUGUUGUGGAUUUUCUGAAUGAGGCUUUUUACGCGAGGUUUUUGUUCUAAAACCCUCAGGAGCGCCAGCAAGUGUAGAGUGGCUUGCAGCACGAGGUUGUUCCUUUGGAGACAGUGGGACGUUGUGGAUGAGCUUGGUUGGGAGUCUGUGAAACAACCCACCUUCUAGAAUCAUAAGCCUUUCAUGGUUUGAGUGACUGGAGCGUCGGAAUUGGCAAUUAAAAUUGUGUAGCUUCUUCUUCAAUGGCCUGAUGCUUAAGCAGAGCAGCCUUGAAUUGAGCAGCAAUGAUAGGAUUAUCCUUGUGCAGUGGGAGAAUGCGUCAAAGAGAGCGGAAGAUGGUGAUUGAGUCUAUCGAGGAGAAACCUUGCUUCAGUGUUUGAAAGAUUUUGAGCAUUACGUUUUGUGCAUUUGACGCGAGUCGAUCGUGUCAAAAAGGAUUCAACAUCUUUCGUUGUUUCAGUACGGUGAGGAAAACGAAGAAGUUUCAACGUAGAAGAUGUUGGUUGGGUGGCCUGAAAGAUACUUUUAAGGUUUCCAGUGCAUCCAGAGCAAUGGCCUUAAGUACUGGAAUCCAAUGCGUGCCUGCGUUCAAGUCAAAUUUGGUCUCUGUAGAGGCUGUGACUUGGGCUUCACAAGCUUCCUUGUCUGGUGUAAAGUUUCGUGGUUAUGAAAGAUCUGGACUGGGGCUGCGUCAAAGUUUAGGAUAUUUGAGGGACAGGCAUGUCGUUGGCGGCCGAGUGAUCAGGAGCAUUGGGAGAAGAGCAAGCAGGACAUGCAAGCGAAUAGGAUGUGUGCGCAUGGCAGGAGCAGAGGAGGAUGUUGCACAACCAACGAAGAAGGGUAAUACACAGAGCAAGAAUAAUGUAGCCGAGGAGGGUGAUACAAAUCGUGGUGGUGUCAAUCCUGUGGGAUUCCUUAAAGAAAAAGGAUUGAAGACCAAAGCAUUUCAAACAUUUACCCGUGAAAGGUAUAAAGCACUGAAGGAUCUGAAGCAACUGAUUGCAGAGCGUGAUGAGGAUCUUGUUGAGUUUGCUAAUGCGUACGAGGACAUGGGAAUGCAUCGAAAUCCAGGACACCACGUCGAAUUCUAUGAGUGGGCACCAGGUGCACGAUUUUGCUCUGUUGUAGGAGACUUUAACAAUCGGGAGCAUAGGAAGCAUUUUGCUCGUGAGGGUUAUUUCGGCAGGGAUGACUUCGGGUACUACCACGUACGCAUAGAUGACGUUCUCCGCGAGGGAGAAGAGGAAGACAACGCCACUCAAGAAUAUAAUUACGAUGCUGACUACGACAAGGGUGAUGAAGACAUUGACGAGGAUGCACUGUUCGAGAGGAUUGACCAAGAAUAUUGGGAUCCUGGAGAAGAUGAGUUCAUGUCUGGGCACAAGGAUGAUUUAGCACAGGAACUGUUUACAACUAUUUUUGGGAAGGAUUUGGAUCCAAUGGAAAUGGUUAAAGAUAUUUCAGCUAAAUAUAAGAGCAAGAAGAAAAAGAAAAUGUACUACGAUGAUGAUGAUAGUGGUGAUGACGACGACGACGACGAGUAUGAAAGAGAACCUCAAACUCUUGAAGAAUUCAAAGCUGCAGUGGAGAGCCAUAUGGAGGAAUGGUUGGCAAGUAAUGCGGAGGCACAGAAAGGCAAGGACUUACCCUCAAUUUUAGUCGAAGACGAUGGCAUAAAUCGCGAUGAGAUGGAGCUUGUUGAUGACCCUGUUUGGGCGAAAAGAGUGGAGGAAAAGGAGUGGCCCGAGAAUUACUGGGAAAAUUUUGUUAAAGGUCGAAAAGCUUGGGAGAAGAAGUAUAUUCCAGGCAUUUCUCAUGGUGACCGUUAUCGCGCUUAUUUACAUACUCCAGAGGGACCAUUGGAGCGAGUGCCUGCAUGGGCUUCAUAUGUUCUUCCUGAUCCAGACGGCAAUGAAGUAAGUGCAAUAUUUUGGGAUCUUCCCAAAGACCAGCAAUACAACUGGAAAUUUGAUCGACCCUCCAAACCGCAAACUUUACGAAUUUAUGAAUGCCAUGUUGGCAUUAGUGGCGAAAGUCCUAAAAUUGCAUCUUUCAACGAUUUCACUGACACGGUUCUUCCUCGAGUGGCAAAAGCAGGAUACAACGUCAUACAGCUUUUUGGCAUACAAGAACAUGCUGAUUAUUCUAGUGUUGGCUACAAGGUAACCAAUUUUUUUGCGAUUAGUAGCCGUUUUGGCACGCCUGAAGAUUUUAAGAGACUUGUUGACACUGCUCACGGUCUCGGUUUGAUGGUGGUAAUGGACAUAGUUCACUCUCAUGCUGCUCCGAACGAGGGUAACGGAUUAGCUUCUUUUGAUGGAGCGAAUGAUUGCUACUUCUAUCCAGGGAGGAGAGGACAUCACAAACGUUGGGGUACGCGAAUGUUCAAGUAUGGGGAGUAUGAAGUGCUCCGAUUUCUUUUGUCUAACUCAAAGUGGUGGUUUAUGGAGUACAAAGUCGAUGGAUUUUACUUCCACUCUGUCACUUCCAUGCUCUACACCCACAAUGGAUUCACUCCCUUUACCAGUGGUCUCGACGAUUACUGUAAUCAAUAUGUUGACAAAGAUGCACUCAUUUAUUUGUCCCUGGCCAACGAGAUGUUGCACCAACUUUCACCCAACAUGAUAACUAUUGCUGAAGAUGCUACAUUUUAUCCUGGUUUGGUUGACUCCAUCAACAAAGGAGGAUUGGGCUUUGACUACUAUGUGAAUUCUGCUCCCUCUGAGAUGUGGCCCUUUCUUAUUGAAAAUGUUCCAAUACAGGAAUGGAGCGUAACUGAGAUCACAGGAACUUUGAUAACCACCGAAAAUACGACGAAAGCGCUGGUAUAUUCUGAGAAUCACAAUCAGUCUAUUGUCGGAGGACAAUCACUUGCCGAGGCACUUUUGGGCACAUCUAAGGAAAGCAGCAAAAACAUUUCCAAGCUGGAAGGCAUCUCUUUACAUAAAAUUAUACGGUUAAUCACGUUGAGUUUAGCUGGAAGCGCAUAUUUAAACUUCAUGGGUAACGAAUUUGGGCAUCCGAAGUGGGUAGAGUUUCCAAGAGCUAAAAACAACAACUCUUUUGCCCAUGCGUAUCGACGCUGGGACCUUCUAGAGGAACAAGGUCCUCAUUCACAACUUGCAGCUUUUGACCAAGCACUUAUGGAAGUGGAUGAGACACACAAUAUACUUGGUCAAGGACUACCAAAUAUGUGCCACGUAAAUGACACUACGAAGGUCAUUGUGUAUACAAGAGGCAAUCUUCUAUUCGCAUUCAACUUUCAUGUAACGGACACAUAUGAGAUGUACAAAGUAGGCGUACAAGUAGCUGGAGAAUAUGAGCUUGUAUUAAACUCCGAUCAACCCAAUUUUGGCGGCCUUGGACAGCUUCAAGAAGCUGACAAACUUCUAAAUACUACUCGAAGACAGUCAGAUGGACUUCCGAACACAUUGUUAUUGGUCCUACCUCAACUCAGUGCACAAGUGUACAAGUUGGCGAGAGUAUUUGAAACUAGUAGUUAAUAGCCACUGGCUAAUACUUGUUAUCUACACGUCAUAUUGCACUGAUGCAAAACAUUUGAGUGUAUAUGAUGCGUAAAGAAAUGUUUUGCGUAACAAUUGUACUACAUCUUGUGACUUUUAUCUGCAUCUUCCA